GCCAACGACGCCCGACGCACCUGUCUUCGCGGACAAGCUGGCGUCCCGUUUCGCCGGAGCCUGCGGAAAUCCUGUUCCUCUUCACUGACUCUCCAGGCUCUCUCCGCUUGGCGAGCUUCCUCCUAGCCACUGGCCUCCAGGGGAGGGUGCAGACCUGGCUCCUUUUUGCCCCCCCCCCCCCCGAGGGAGUGCGGUCCUCGAAGGGUGACAUCGGCCUGCUAGGCGCAGCUUUGUGUGUGGUGGGGUCGUUUUGCGGGCGGCCCCAGGCCACCGGCCAUGGCCUUCACUUUCGCUGCUUUCUGCUACAUGCUCUCGCUGGUGCUGUGCGCUGCGCUCAUCUUCUUCGCCAUCUGGCACAUAAUUGCCUUUGAUGAGUUAAGGACAGAUUUUAAGAGCCCCAUCGACCAGUGCAACCCUGUUCACGCGAGGGAACGGCUGAGGAACAUUGAGCGCAUCUGCUUCCUUCUACGAAAGCUGGUGCUGCCAGAAUACUCCAUCCACAGCCUCUUCUGCAUCAUGUUCCUAUGUGCUCAGGAGUGGCUCACCCUGGGGCUGAAUGUCCCUCUACUUUUCUAUCACUUCUGGAGGUAUUUCCACUGUCCGGCAGAUAGCUCCGAACUAGCCUACGACCCGCCGGUGGUCAUGAACGCAGACACCUUGAGUUACUGUCAGAAGGAGGCCUGGUGUAAGCUGGCCUUCUAUCUCCUCUCCUUCUUCUACUACCUUUACUGCAUGAUCUACACUUUAGUGAGCUCUUAACUCAAAGACCACGCACAUCCUCAGAGACUGGGAUGGGAGAGGCCCAAGGCUGCGCAGUCCACUUCUGCUGGUGAUGGGAGAAGGGACCAGUGUGGGGACAUGACAGACAGAGACGGACAGACACUCUGAAUUGGGAGCCGGAAGCAGCAGCAGCCCGUGGCCGAGUCAGCUGCUGUGCGCACUUGUUGUCGCCCUGUGUAUCAGUCUUUGGCGUUCACACCCCACACUCGGGCUGUAGAUCCCUUCUGAGCAGCGGGGGCACGAGGGGUGAUGAAACACGAAACCUCUUCUGAACGAAAAUUGCUGCUUCCUGAAUCCACUUUAUUGAAUGGCUCCCUGAAGUUCACACUACAUUCCUGGACUGCGGGCAUGGAGGCUGGAUGGCUGGCAGGUGCCUGCUAAGGAACCGCGUGACCCAGAGUCAAGGAUGCAUCUGUGGGACUGAUCGAAGGCCUCAAGGAUGUCAUGGGCUACCUGAGACUCUCGUGUUUCUUCCGAGCCCUGGCCACACCUUUCACUUCAAUGGGAGGGGCCUGGAAGGUGUGCAGAUUUGCCUUGGGCUGUAACCAGCCCUGAGCCGGCGGGGUGUCUAUUUUCCUGCUCUUCUUUGUAAGAGCUCAGCUUAGAGACGUGCUUGACAUUGAGCAAAGUUUGGGGCGGUGUGUUGGUAAAGAGUUAUGGCCAAAGUCAGGGGUGGGGGGCAGUGAGGUGGGAAAGGGGGAAUCAUAGCAAAAUAUGAUUUUCUUUUAAGCAUUGAUGACAUGUUCAAAGUGUUAAUUCUUCACCAACACAAACUGUAUUCUUCUGUUGUCAUCCCAAAGGAUCACAGGGUCGUUGAAUGCAAAUCACUUGGUCAAUGCUAGUCAACACUGUCGACUUUUAAGGCUCCCCAAAUAGUUCUGAGGCCAGAAAAAGCUGGAGUGGCAGCUCUGUACUGUGGGCAUCUGGCUGCUGAGAAGUGAGACAACAUAAUUACAGCUUCAUUUAUGAUGCUGCAUCAUUCAUGCUGUUUGGUUCAACACGAGGGCAUUAGCUCAUUUAGAAUUUUCCACUCGACAUUCUCUCCUUCUUGGGUAGGAGUUGUACUCGGGGGUUGUAAAUAAUGACAAGGCUGAGAUUUUUAUUAUGUGUAAAUUGGGCACCAUGAUUUUGACCUUAUUCCCCAACUUCCCUGCUUUUCUUCUGUUCGACAUACACAAGCUAUUUAUACAUGUACCAACUUCCAUCUGAAAUCUGUGACUCAGGUUUAUGAACGAAUGGUGUUUGUGUAACACAUGUGCUGUGUUUAAAACACUGUG